UAUCGGACGCUGAUACCAUGUACCUGUAUGCAAUACUCUCUGUGGUCUCCUUGGGCACACUGUGCCUGGCGGAUUUGAAAGUCCUUCUGCUGCACACCAACGACAUGCAUGCAAGGUUCCAGCAGGCUGACCGUUAUCUCGGCCUGUGUCUGGACGACUCUUCGCCAGACUGUUACGGAGGAUUCGCCCGACUCAAGACCACGGUGGAGGCUCAGAAGAAGAUUGCCGCUGCUGCUGGAAGAUACACGAUAUUCCUGAAUGCCGGUGAUAACUAUCAGGGAACUCCUUACUACACGUUCUUUAAGUGGGAGAUUGUGGCCAAGCUUGUAGACAUGCUCGGGAUUGAUGUGAUGUCCCUGGGAAACCACGAGUUUGACGACGGCGUUGAGAGCCUAUCUCAAUACAUUGCGAAUGUGUCGGUUCCGAAUGUCUGCAGCAACCUAAACACCACCCUAGAGCAGAGACUACAGGAGGCUAACUUGACACCUUCAUACAUCCUAAACGUUGGCAAUGUCAAGAUAGGAGUCAUCGGUUAUUUGACACCAGACACCAAGUUUCUGGCCCAUGUGAGGAAGGUUAAGUUUCUUGACGAGAUUCCUAGUAUCCGCAAAGAGGCACAGAGACUACGCGCUGAGAACGUUAAGAUCUUGAUCGCUCUCGGACACUCUGGGUACGUCAUAGAUCAACAAAUCGCCAAGGAGGUCGAGGAGAUAGACCUCGUGGUCGGAGGUCACUCACACACCUUCUUGUACACUGGAACUCCACCAGACCCUGAAGAUAUCCCUAUAGGAGACUACCCUACAGUCAUAACCCAAGCCAGUGGCAAGAAGGUGCCCGUGGUCCAAGCAUACUACGGCACUAAAUACCUCGGAUACCUGGAGUUGGACUUUGACGACGGAGGAAACCUGAAGAGUUGGAAUGGAGAGCCAAUACUUUUGAGUGGCAACUUGCCUCAAGAUCCGGACGUGCUAGCGGCACUUAGGCCCUACGAGAAGGAACUUCAUGACAAAAUAAGCAGAGUAGUUGGUUACUCAACCGUGUUCCUAAGCAAGGAAAACUCGGCCUGUAGGCUGGAAGAAUGCAACCUUGGCAAUAUGUUGGCGGACUCAUACGUCGACUACGCUACCCGUAAAUACACGAAUAGUCAGGGUUGGACCGUGGCUUCUGUAGCCUUACAACAAGCUGGUGGAAUACGUGCCUCUAUCAAUCAUCAAGGUCCCAUCACUGUAGGAGACUUGAUUACGGUGGCGCCCUUCAGUGCCACAAUUGUUGUGAAGGAAAUAAGUGGAAGCCUCUUACUACUAAUGCUUGAGUUUGCCGUCCACAGAUACGAGGAAACUUUCGACGGACAUGUGAACGAGUUUCUACAAGUUGCUGGACUGAAGGUGGUGUACAACAUGCAGGCAGCCCCUGGCAGUAGAGUAGUCAGUGUACAGGUUCGUUGUGCAGACUGUGGCAAACCUGAAUAUUUACCACUCGACCAGUCUGCCAUCUACAAGGUUGCAAUGCCGGAGUACAUCGGUAACGGAGGAGAUGGCUUCAGAAUGCUGGCCAAUGUACCUGACACUUACGUAUUUGAAGACGUCGACUACAUGGUCCUCUCCCAGUACAUAGAGAAACACUCCCCGGUCUACCCAGCUGUGGAGGGUCGGAUAAUCAUUCAAAACUACACGGACGGAUCUUCCUCAGCAACAACGAUUACUGUGUCACGUUUCUUACUUCUUUCUAUAAUAAUAAUAACUAUUAUACUACGAAGUAAUUAAUAAUUGUUAUAUGGACUUACUUGUAUACAAGAGAACCGCAUUGUGAGUCAUUCAAACAACUAUUAUGUAUAUUUGUAUAUAGGCCCUAUUUGUAUUGGCCCCUACUUGUGUACGCCAGCAACGCUAGUUCCCAUAAUAGCACCAACAACUUUUGUAAUAAUGUUGCAAAACUAUCAAAUUAAACAUGUUAUUUUUUAAUAAAGCCGCCGCAGAAA